GCACUAUUAUUUUCUCUGCGCUGUCCUUGUUGGCGCCAUUCAUGAUUAGUUGACCGAAGUUGAAAGGUGUAACUUUUGGUGUAACAUGUAAGUUAAGCGAGGGCCAAGAUGAACACGGCGCUGAAGCACUGGAGGGAGGCGGCGACGGUGAUCUUGGCGGCCGGGCUGAGACACGCUCAGAGCGCGGACUCUCUUAAAACAGGUCUGGAAAAAGCCACUCAUAUAGCGCACAAAUCGGCCUUUGAUUAUCAAGUGCUAUUGCUGAAACGGAGCGAGAACAGUGGGUUCAUGCCCAAUGCCUACGUGUUUCCCGGGGGGCUGGUGGACGCGUCUGACUUCUCCAGCGACUGGCAGGAGGUCUUUCAAUCCUUUACGAAAGCGCCCUACUACGGCAUCGGAGUUGCGAAGCAGCCGCCGGAGACCAGACCACCCAUUUUCGCCACUGACAGAGCGCAGCUGGGAUCCCCGAUCCCCGGAGACGUGGCUUUCAGGAUAUGUGCGGUGAGAGAGACGUUUGAGGAGUCCGGUGUGCUCCUGGCGGUCCCCAAACACGAGGAAAGCGGCAUUCGCGUGCGCACAGAGGACGCUCGGGACAGUGACACCCAGCCAACCCUGACCACACUGAGCGGACUGUGGGACAGAGACGUGCUGUCCAAGUGGAGGUCUCUGGUUAUUGGUAACUCGGCGAAUUUUAUUAAGAUGUGCAAGGAGCUGCAGUGUCUGCCCAACAUCUGGGCUCUACACGAGUGGGGCAACUGGCUGACCCCUAUAGGCAUGCACGGCAAACAGAGGCGCUACGACACCGCCUUCUACAUCUGCUGCCUGCACGACACGCCACACACGCUUCACGACGAGAAGGAAAUAGUUCAUUUUAAGUGGUCCAGUCCCUCUGAAGUGCUGCAAAGCUAUAAAUCAAAGGAGAUCUGGAUCGCUUCACCUCAGUUCUACGAGCUUGGACGAAUGCGCUGGUUUCCAGCUCUCAGAGAUCUCCACCUCUUUGCCUGGCAGAGAUCUUUGGAUGGUUGCGAACAGUGGCUGCCUAUUCUCCUGGUGGCGCCUGACUGCUUUGCAAGCAUUUUACCAGGGGAUGCUCUGUACCCGGAAAAAGUGGACCCUUCUGGAAGGAGUGGUGGCGUGAUGAAAACGGAGAAAAGUCUUGAAGAGCUCCAGCGGGACAGCGCAAACAUGCACCGGAUCGUCGGUCAGGAUCCAUAUUCAAUAACUGUCCAAAUGAACAUCACACCCAAGUAUAACCACCUGUCUCCUCUCUGCGGUACAGAUGUGGACAACCCCUCCAAAGACCACAGCAAACUCUGACACUUACCUGCCGAACAGUGGCAGGACUGAUGGACAGAAACUCAACAUUUUUUUGUAAAUCAGCUGUUUUCUACCUACCGCUGUGGCACUUGAGCUACGAGUGUAGUUCAAUAUAUGGUCUCCCUAACUUUUGUCAUAUCAUAAAGAUGACAAUGACUACCUUGUUGAUGUGACAACUGUUACUACCAUGUAUUUUUUCAUAACUUGGUCAUGAGCUCUUAAGUGCAUUAAAAAAAUAAAAAAAAGUCUUAAGAGAUGUGAAGUUUGAAUUGUCACAGUUCUUCAUUAAUUUAAUAUUGCAGAUAAGACUGUAAAAGGAAAAGGCUACUGAAUGUU